AUUCUCUUGAGCUUUCACUACCACACAAAAAUACAAAACAAACCUCUCUUCAAUUUUUUGCUCAUCAAUACAUUUCAUCAGUACUCCAAAAUGGGCUAAUGGGAUUUGCCUCUCGUUUGCUUUAUUUUUGCUCACUCUUGAAAGUAUUCUCAAUUUGGCCUAAUGGGUUUGCUUUUGUUUAUCUUGAUAGUCUAAACUACCAGUCAGUCUCAAGUGAACUUCAAAGUUUGAUUUCAUUGAUAACGUUCUUCUCUUGCUUGGACCUCACUUCUUUGGUUGGUCUCUUGUUGUUUUCCGUCUACCCAUUUGCAUUUUCUUACCAUUUUCCCUCACUUUCUCCCUCAACAAACACCCUUCUCUCUCUCUCUCUCUCUCGUUUACCCAACUCAAAGUCCAAAGUUCAGACCAUAUUGCUUUUGAGGUUUGAUUUAUAGUCCAAGAGUCUUUUAACACAAACAGUUUUCUUCUACCUUGGGACAUUUUCUCUCACUUUCCCUCUUGCCAAACUUGAAGUUAAACCUUCAGUCUUUUUGCGCACUAUUUCUGUCUACAGACAUUAUGAAGCCACAUUUUCACUGUCAACCACAUGGGUUUUGAGGUUGACUAAUGCCCCAAGAGUUCAAGACAAUAGUUCAAAGUGAAAACCUUUGGUCUUUGAACACCUACAGUUUUCUUCUACCUUGGGACAUUUUCUCUCACUUUCUCUCUCACCAAACACAAAGUUCAAACCUUUUAGUCUUUUUCUUCUCAUUUCAAUAGUAAAGUUCAAACUUUUAGUGUUUUAACAAAAAAAAAAAAAAAAAAAAAAAAAACAUAUAAUGCCUACCAUUCUCCUCUUCGUUCUCAUCACUUUUGUCUCCACCACCACUGGCCACCAUGUCCACCGCCGUCACCUCCUCCACCAACCGUUCUUCCCAGUAACAACUCCUCUCUCUCCUACACAACCACCCUCACUUUCUCCACAAUCACAGUUAAGCCCCCACCAACAAACCCAACCCAAGUACCCAUUUUCAACUACACCCCCAAACCUUCCAAAAAGCCCUUUCUUCCCCUCCUUUACUUCACAUCCUCCGCCGCCACCCCCCUCCACUCUCUCCACCUUCCCCGCGAACAUUUCCUCCCUUCUAUUUCCCCACCCCCGCUCCUCCUCCGCCCACCGCCACGUCAUCGUCCUCGCCGUCUGCCUCUCCCUUCUCUCAGUCGCCAUCCUCGCCGCCAUUGCCACCAUCUUCCUCUACUUUCGUAGCAAACACCACCCCAACAAUGCCGGGAAAACCUCAACUGCCGACAGCCAACGCCUUUUCCCGCCAAAUUUGGACCCAUCGGACGGUACUCAGAAAACCACUGUGCAACACCAGCAACUCAGUGUCUCAAGUUCAAAUCCUCCCAGUAAUUCUUCAGAGUUUCUUUAUCUUGGCACGCUGGUGAACUCUCGUUCACAAGAGCAUAAUACUACAACUGCUGCUGCAGAUUCAAGCCACGUGGUGUCCAAGAUUGGCGUCUCUUUAUCUUCUUUAUCUACGUCUCCAUCUUCCUAUCAGAAACUUGGGUCUCCGGAGCUGAAGCCAUUGCCGCCAUUGCCGAAACACAACCCGAGUUUCACAAGCGGGGAGAUGUGUUUCAGUAAAGAAGAUGUGAGAUGUGAAGCUGAAGAAGAGAAAGAUGAUGAUGAAGAAGAGUUUUUUUCGCCAAGAGGGUCUUCUGGUCGUAGAGAGAGUCCAGGUUUAGCUCGAGUUGGUUCUAGCUCAAGAAGGGAAAGUAAUAUUAAUGUUGGAAGUAGGAGCUUUAAUUCAAGAACGGCUUCGUACCCUUAUUCAAAUUCUUGUUCACCUGAUUCUAUCGUCAGUUCUUGUCACUCCCCAGUUAUGAAGGCAUCGAGAUUGGUUGAGAAUGUUGACAAAGUUUCAGUCUUCUCAUCUUCUUCGUCAUCAAGAAGUGAUUCGGGAGAUUCCCAGAAUUCGCCUGGUAGAGUUUCGAGCUCUUCAAGGAAGAGCAAACAAUCACCUUCAAGAAAUGGAGGUGAGUUCAGGCCAUUUGUUCCAGUUAAGCUGCCACCGCCGCCUCCACCAAUGCCUCCUCAACGGUUCUGGGAGGUCCCGGCGACUGCUAGGCCGGCUAGGCCGAGUUCAGGCCCCCCUGUUCAUGUUCUGCCUGCAAGGCCGGUUGUGAUGCCAAGUUCUGGACCUGGUUUGGGUAGUGAGCAGUUGAUGAAGGAUGAGAGUGUGGAGAAGGGUGAGGAGACGCUGAGGCCGAAGUUGAAGCCUUUGCAUUGGGAUAAAGUUAGAGCAAGCUCAGAUCGAGCUAUGGUGUGGGAUCAGUUGAAAUCAAGCUCAUUUCAAUUGAAUGAGGAAAUGAUUGAGACUCUGUUUAUGGUGAAUAAUUCCGCCUUGAAUACAAAAGAUAAUGGUAGGAAACAGUUUCUACCGACUCCUAAUCAGGAGAAUCGGGUGCUUGAUCCCAAGAAAUCUCAAAAUAUUGCAAUUCUGCUUAGGGCACUCAAUGUUACCAUUGAUGAAGUCUGUGAAGCUCUUUUGGAAGGCAAUUCAGAUACACUGGGGACAGAGCUCCUGGAAAGUUUAUUAAAGAUGGCUCCAACCAAAGAAGAAGAACGAAAGAUAAAAGAGUUCAAAGAUGAAUCGCCAUUUAAGUUAGGUCCUGCUGAGAAAUUUCUGAGGGCAGUGCUUGACAUACCUUUUGCAUUUAUGAGGAUAGAUGCUAUGCUUUAUAUUGCUAAUUUUGACUCAGAAGUUGAGUACCUUAAAAGGUCUUUCGAAACCUUACAGGCAGCUAGUGAAGAGUUAAGGAAUAGCAGAAUGUUCUUGAAGCUUUUAGAAGCAGUGCUGAAAACUGGGAACCGCAUGAAUGUUGGCACUAAUCGUGGGGAUGCACAAGCCUUCAAGCUGGACACGCUGCUAAAGCUUGUUGAUGUUAAGGGCGCUGAUGGGAAAACAACUCUCCUGCAUUUUGUCGUACAGGAAAUAAUCAGAGCUGAAGGUUCUCGUCUUUCUGGUGCCAAUCAGAAUAAGAAAGCAGAGAAAACAGAGCAGUCUAGUUUUCAGGAUGAUGUUCAAUUCAGGAAGCUUGGCCUGCAGGUUGUUUCGGGUCUGUGUGGGGAGCUCACCAAUGUGAAAAAGGCUGCUGCUAUGGAUUCUGAUGUGCUUAGCAAUGAAGUUGCAAAACUUGCUGCUGGAAUCAGAAAGAUUAUGGAAGUGGUGAAGUUAAACGAAGAAAUUCCAUUUAAAGAAAGCAGUUGAAAAUUUUCUGAGUCAAUGAAUGCCUUCUUGAAGAAGGCAGAACAAGAUAUUGUAAGCAUCCAAGCCCAAGAGUGUGCGGCCCUCUCUAUGGUGAAGGAAAUAACUGAGUAUUUCCAUGGGAACUCGGCAAAGGAAGAAGCUCAUCCAUUCCGGAUUUUCAUGGUUGUAAAGGACUUCCUUUCUAUCCUUGAUCAGGUAUGCAAGGAAGUUGGCAAGAUCAAUGAAAGAACAAUAUACAGUUCAGUCCGACCUAUGCCAGCAAAUCCGACAAUGCCGCUGGCUUUUCCUGUAUUCAGUGAAAGGCAACAUCAUGGUUCCUCAGAUGACGAAGGCUCAACUUCAUCUUAGUGUCAGAUCCUGGCCUCAGGUGACUCUUUUUCUGCAUUUCUGUAAGCUCACCUGGGUGCUUAUCAGGAAUUGGUGGUGAAAACAGGUUGGCUUUCCGAUGUAGCUUACCAAGUAGCUGCCUUUUUGUGUACUUAUAUAAAUAUAACAUAUAUAUAUAUAUAUCUAUAUAUCUAUAUAUUCUCAAUACAGAAUUUUGGAAUUGUGUUAUCUUGUGUAAGGAAGUAAUAAGGUAGUAUUUGCCAGAAUACUAGGACUUGAUCUUGUAAAUCUGUCAGAAUCUGAAUCCAAGCUUCUGCUUGUUCAGCAAAAGAGGCAACAGCAAUCGUUCUCA